CUGGCUCGGAUUCGCUUCAAUUUUAAGUCGUUGUUCCUUCAUAAUGUAAUUAGUGAAUUUCUUGUAAGCCAAAAUCAUAUUCUGAUAACAAAAUUUUACAACACAACCAAUUAAUAUUUAAAUCACUAUUCGGCCACAAUUUUCAUUAUAUGCAAUCACGAUUUUGAUUGAGUAUAACAAAAUGACUCUGAAAUCGAUUUUCCUGAGACAUUGUUUUUUCUUGGCGUUGAAUAUUGCAUUAAUUCUAGCCCAAAAACCAAUUCUGAGAAGUGGGUUGCCUACAUCACUAUUAUCUCGAAAACCAAUUUUGAGAGGAGGGCAACCAUUACUAGUCGAAAAACCAAUAUUAAGGGAUGGACUAGAUCUAGAUGAAGACGAUAAAAACGACCAGCUUGAUUCAUCUGCUGAUUCCUACAGUGUACCAAAUGAUAGACACUAUUCAGAUCAAAGACCUAGAAAAUUAGGUGGCCUCGCGCAAGACUUAAGCAGUGAAGAGCUACAACCAACGUCGGAUCUGAAACAGGAGCUGAUUUCUGUGCUGCUUAUGGAUGGCCAAAUAGAAAAGAGGGCCGAUUAUGAAGAAAUAAGUGACUCUUCAUCAACUGAAUUUGAUAUUGAGGAUGUUGAUGACGACGAUGAUGAAACAGAACACAGAUUUGGACCAAGAAGGGUGUGGAAGUACUGUGGCAAAGAAGCAGCCAAAGGUUGCAAAAAAGCUUGUUCAAGCGCUUAUAAAGCUGCGUGUAAAAGCCGUUACAAGUGUAAAAGUGGCCUUAAAAAGAAGCUCAAAAAGGAGUGCAAAACGUACUGCGAAGAACAAUUUCAAUCGUUUAGUAAAAAAAAGAAAGAUUAAAAUAUCGUACAUCGCGCGUGGAGUGUUAUUAAAAAAAUAAUUUAAUAUAUUUACUAAGAUGUUUGGAAUAGCCAUGGUUAAGCCACAGUUUAAUGAAGAAUCUGUCUAGUUAUUUACCUAUAGUGCAUGGCCACUCCGUGCUGCGCAAGCCGCAUCAUACGUUUUCGAAAGCAACAAAAGUAGACCUUUGUAAUGGUCAUCUGCUCAUCAGGUCAAGAUAAUAUUUCUGGUCUCCCAUUCAAUGACUGUUUUAUUUGAAAAAUACAGUCCUGUAGCAUCUUUGCACAUCGAAAUAGAACGAGUGAAUUGAACAAGACAUUUUAUU